GGCGCUCCCCAGCUACCAGAAUUCAAGACAGUGGAGAGCAGCGUCCUCUUAUUCCCCUCCGAAGCGCAAAGAUUUCGUCAAACAUCGCCACCGCAUCUGUUAUCGCUGCCUGGACAAAGGCCACUGCAAAGCUGCCUGCCGGAAUCCUCUAAAGUGCCGGGCCUGUCGACGCUGCGGGCACCGCGCUCGUGACUGCCCUGCCUCGCCACCCUCCACCCCAUCCCCACCAAGCGAUCCCUUGCCAUCUACAGCCGUCGCUGCUUCGCCACAGUCAGUUCCGGCUGCAGCUGUGUCGCCGCGUCUGGCUGUUGCUGCAGCGAUGCCGCCACGAGUCGGAGACCCGAGCCUGCGCCCGGAGGAGGGGCAUGUCGUCAUCACCUCCACGCAGGCCAUGGAGGAUGCUGCUGCUUCCCUUGCCUCCCUAGGUGCCUUUGUGUGGCUUGGAGGCAACCGUCCGCGUGUCAGUGCCGCGGAGAUCAGGGACGCCAUCGCCAGCGAGUUCUUCAUCGACCGCAACUACAUCAAGGUGGUCCCGCACUUUCCGGAGGAUUUCUUCGCGCUCUUCACGCAUCCUCACCAUCGAGACCAAGUCACGGCGUCUCCAGGCCGCUUCAACCGCAACGGUCUCGACAUCCACGCCGCCAACUGGAGGCCCGAAGCAAAUGCCGACUCGGUGGAGGCAUACUACCAUGUGCAUCUCUGUAUCGAGAAUUUGCCUCUCAACGCAUGGUGCGAUGAGGUUGCAGAGCAGGUGCUCAGGCCUAAUACCUUCCUUCACUACUUCGAUGUGGCCACCGUGAAGAGAGAAGAUUCCUCCUCCUUCAACUUGUGGGCGUGGUCGGCAAAUCCCUCGGCCAUCCCAAAGGUCCUUCGGCUCACCAUCACCGGCAAACAAGCGGCGGGCUACAGCAGGGGCCCGAGCGCUGUGAUAGGCCGACGCGGCCUCAAGCGGCGCGUCUUGGUGCACCUCGAGACAGUGGAAGACUUCACCCCAGAUGCCAGCGGCGUCAUCCCACAUCGCCCUCGCUCCUCGCACCCGUUCUCCUGGCGCUACGGUGUGAUCGACGGCGAAUCAAGAAUGCGCGACCGCCUGGAGGUUGCCGGGCGAAGAAGGGAAGACGACCAAGACCGAGACCGCCGCGACGACGAUGAUGACCGUGGACGCCGAGGUCGCGAGGAUCGCUCCUCCUCCUGGCGGGAUCGCCUAUUCCGCAGCCGCUCGCGCGCUCCGGUGCACCGCGAGGACGAGGGCCGCCAUGGCUCCCGGGACGGCCACCGCGAUGACCGGGGCGGCCGCCGCGAAGACAGGGGAGGCCGUCGCGACGGCCGGGACGAUCGGGAUGGAAGACGCAGGUGCUCUGAGGCGGCCGACGCGCGCAGGAUCGACUGGAAGCAGGUCCAGCGCCUUCCUGACGGCGCUGUCAUCCCGGCUUCGGGCAGGCGUGCCCGCCUUCUGACUAACAACCAGGGCACGCGCUCGGCGCGCUCUGGUGGAGCAGCCAGCCCCAUCUGCGAGGACAAUCGCGGUCGCUCGCCUCCGCCCAAGUCUACGCCCACCUCCUGCGAGGUGGUGCAGGUGUCAUCAUCGCCUGGCGACGCCUCCUGGUUGAGCCGGUUCGCACCUUGCUUUGGUGCCCAGGCGAGGCCGGCCGUGGUGUGCCCUGUCGCGCUGUAUCAGGAUACCUCCCCUCGCACAACGAUGCAGGACAUCAUCGAGCUGCACCCAUCGACCCCUCCUGCACAUCCUUGCAGCGCUGCUACACCACCUCUGAUGCUGAUUGCUUCAACCCCUCAUGUCUCGCCGGCUGAUCUGUCCCCGCUUUUUGUCACUUGUGCUCCGCCCCUGCUGCCUGCACCGAACUCCACACCACCGAGGCUGCCCAGGGCAAGGAGGAAGACACUCGCGGGUGUGUCGGGCUUCAACCUCAGCCGACGCAGCCCUCGGCUCCAAGCAAAGAAGAGAACUUUGCCGGUGGCGCAGAUGGCGGAAAGGCUUCUUUGUCAACGCAUGGGCAUCAUCAAUGAAGGGCAAGAGGUUACUGAAGAAGCCAUCAGGGAAUUUGUUGCCAUGUUCAAUGGGCAACUUCCGGACACCACAGUAGCGGCCCUUCGAGCCCUCUUCAACCUUGACUGUGACCUUGCGAAGGCUGUCGAGGACGCAUUGGUGGAGCAUGGAGGCGAGGCUAGAGCAGAGCUGGAGUCUGCGAAUGGAGAGGUGGCCGGCGAGGCCGCGUGACUGGCUUGCUUUGGUCACUGAAGAUGUAGCUUAGUUCUAUAUGUUAGUUAAGGCCUACUGUUGCUUCCUGUCCGUGUGGGUGUAUGCCUGUUUCCUGCUGUCGAUGAAGAUAGCUGCCUCUUGUUGCCCUGGCAAGGCGAUUAAGUGUGAGUCCUGUAGCUGCUGUACCUUCUGCUGUUACCUGAUGUUGCGUUUGCUUUAUCACAACUUCAACUAUCUGAAGAUGCUCAAUGGAAUCUGCUCUAUUCGUCCAAGGCAGUUCUUACUAGAUGUGGCACUCUUUGUUACUCCACUACUGAUGUAUCCCAGGUUCCAAUAUGCAUGAUCAAGACCUGAGUAUUCUGAACUGGAAUGUUCGUGGUUUAAACUGUCCCAAUCGCCGCGCAACUAUACGAGAAACCGUCGCUACUAUG